GUCAGCAUUCCUGUAGCAGCAGGGUGGCUCCGCUAAUCAUUCCCAAUCGUACGCGGCUUUCUUCCCCAGCCCAGCAAAUCAUACAACCAAGACCAGCAAUCAGCUUAAUCAAGCAGAGCAGAGCAGAGCAGAGCAGUCAGGCACCAGUUUAUCCUUUUACCCAAAGCACACCCUUCCUGUGUGUCCUCACGUACGCGUCGAGUAUAUAUCUCCCGUGUCUCUCAGCUACGACAGACAGACAGCGGCGAGAGAAACUUCAGCCAAAAAGCCAGAGCAGAGUAGAGAGCACCACUUUGCCCUUUUGCCGUUGGAUUCGCCACGCCGCGCCGCGCCGGGAAGCCAACGACGCCAGCGGCAACGACGGAGCAGCUGCGGAGGAGGAGGAGGAGCUGGAAUGGACGGCCAGGUGAGGGAUCAUCCAUCUGCCGCCGCGGCGGGUGACGGCGCGCCGAGCACGAGCGGUACCGCGCAAUACGACGACGACAAUGCGGGCGGCGGCGGCGGGCCCAAGGUCUGGGUGCUCGUGCUCCUCUUCGCGCUGCUCCUGCUGCCCUUCCUGCCCUCCGCGAUGCGGCGCGGUGGGGGGACGCCUUGGGCAGGAGGAGGACGAGGAGGAGGCGGCGGCGGUACGGGAGGAGGAGGAGGGUACUACCGCCGCGGCGGGAUCAACUUCAAGAGCGGAUGGGACGUCGUCAACCUCUGCCUCGUGCUCUUCGCCAUCCUCUGCGGCCUCCUUGGCCGCAGCAGCAGCGACAGCGGCGGGGACGGGGAGUACUCCUCCUCCUCCUCCGCCGCCGCCGCGAGUUCCGGCGCGCCGGCGGCCAAGGACGAUCAUCAUCGGCUGGGGUCCUCGGCGCCCGCCACGGACGCGGAGCUCGUCACGGCGGCGACUACGACGAGCUCGGGGGAUUGGGGGCAGCAGGAGGGCUACGACGACUCCAUGUCCGCCAUCUACGCCAGCUUGUCCCGCAACAACCACGCCCACGCCUCCGGGAUCCGCCGGAUGAAGAGCAGCAGCUCCUACCCGGAGCUGCGCCAGGGAAGCGACGGCGUCUGGGCGCUCGCGUCCCCGGAGGCCGCCUGGCGCUUCUACGACGACGCCGAGCUGUACCGCGCCCGCCGCCCGGAGCGCCAGGAGCGGUCCUGGGACGUCGACCCGCACCGGAGGACGACCUCGACCACCACCACGACGGAGGUCAAGACCAUCCCCGUCGACACCUUCGUCGAGCGCGGCCGGACCGAGCAGCCUCGGGAGCCGCGGAGGCGGCGGAGGAGCGUCGAGAGGCUCCCCAGGAUGGCCGAGGUGGACGAGGAGAGGCCGCCGCAACAACAGCAACAGAGGGGGGAGCCGCUGGCACCGCCGAGGCUCAGGAGGUGGAACUCGGAGUCGUUGGAUAGCAUACUGGAGCAGGAGGCGAGAGUGGCGGCGCCGGCGAGGAGCAGGAGGUGGGACUCGGAGGUGGUGAGCGCCAUGCCGGAGCAGGAGGCGCCGGUAGCGCCGGCGAGGCUCAGGAGGUGGAACUCAGAGUCGUUGGAGAGCAUACUGGAGCAGGAGGCCAGAGUGGUGGCGCCGACGAGGAGCAUGAGGUGGGACUCGAAGGUUGUGGACGUCAUGCCGGAGCAUGAGGCAGCGGUUGCGCCGGCGAGGCUCAGGAGGUGGAACUCAGAGUCGUUGGAUAGCAUACUUGAGCAGGAGGCCAGAGUGGCGCCGGCGAGGAGCAUGAGGUGGGACUCGGAGGUAGUGGAUGUCAUGACGGAGCAGGACGCGGCGGUGGCGCCGGCGAGGCUCAGAAGGUGGAACUCAGAAUCGCUGGAUAGUAUACUGGAGCAAGAGGCGGCGGUGGCUCCGGCGAGGAGCAGGAGGUGGACCUCGGAGGCUGUGGACGUGAUAACGGAGCGGGAGGCAGCGGUGGCUCCGGCGAGGAGCCGGAGGUGGAGUUCAGACGCAGUGGAUGUAAUACCGGAGCAGGAAGCGCCGGUGGUGAUGGCGCCUGCUGCUCCACCACCUCCGCCUCCGCCGCCGGCGCCUCGUCGACGGCGACGGCACAGCGUCGAGACACUGCCGAGACCAGAGGAACUGGAGCCAGAGAUAGUACUGGAAGAGGUGAGGACCCCGAUGCCGCCGCCAUCGCCGGCCAUGUUCCCGCCUGGAACGCCACCCCCACCACCGCCCCCUCUUCCGCCUCCCUCGACGGUGUCGCGCAGCAAGAAGAAGCGCAGCGGCAGCGUGGGCGGCGCCAAGGAGCUAGCGUCCGCCAUUGCUACGUUCUACCAGAAGAAGCGCAAGAGCAUCACCAUGAAGGCCAAGAGGAGGCCCCAUCACCACCACCAUUCCGACGGCCACUACUCGUCACCGUCGUCAGAUGCGUCGGCGAGCCCGGACUCCACUGCUCGCACCACCAACGCCCCUCCGCGGGCGCCGCCUCCACCACCGCCCCCUCCCCCGCCACCGCCGUCCUCCAUCUUCUCCAAUCUCUUCAAGAAGGGCAGCAAGAGCCGCCGCAUCCACUCCGUCGCGCCACCGCAGCCGCCACCCCCGCCUCCACCCGCUCGCCGGUCCAAGAAACCGCCACCGCCUCCGUCUCGCCCCGCGCCUCCGGCACCACCGCCGCCACCAGUCAGGACACGGCCGCCACGCGCCCACGUACACGCGCCCACGCACACGCAGCAGGCGCCAUUGUACCCGAGGCGCGUCUACUACACCUACUACCCGCUCCCGCCGCCGUCCCCGCCGCUACCUCCGCCUCCUCCGCCGCCGCCACCACUGGUGUCAGAGGGCGAGGAUGACUCCCCUUCAGUCACGGCGUCGCCGGCGCCGGCGUACUGCGCGAGCCCCGACGUGAACACGAAGGCGGACAGGUUCAUCGAGAGCUUCCGCGAGGGGCUGAAGCUGGAGAAGCUCAACUCGUACCGGGAGAAGUGGCAGAGGCAGAUCCAAGAGAACGCCGCCGCCGUCGAGAUCGAGGAGGAGGGGGAGUUCAUGGUGAUCGGGUCCCUCUUCGGCGACGACGACGAGGACUACGAUGACGGCAUCUCGUUGCCGCAGACGCCGGCGACCGCCGCUGUCGCCGUCGGAUUCUAACGACACUGACGUCGAAGCAAAAAUUUGAAUUGAAAAAAAAAAUUGAAAAAUGGUCCCGAGAAAAUGGAGGAAAAAAAAAGAUACCACAAAAAGAGUAUUUCUUCUGGCUGCUAAUCCCCUGGUUUGUCUGCAGUACAGUACUGCUUGUGAAUGAUUUCAUUUUUUUUUCACUAAUUUUGCGUUUGGGUAGUUAGGAAUUGACAGUGAGAUUUGUGUGUGAAAGCUGGGAGAGGCUUUUUGUGCUUAUUUUAAAAUGGCAAAAAAGCGCUCUCUUUGGGUGUUGCAUUAGGUGAGCUGAUGUGAAUUUCAUGUCUAUGCACUUUGGAGCUUUUUGAGUUGUAAAAUAUAUACCAUGAUGAGGAAAGUAACACAUCUUUACCCUUUUUUUCUUCU